CAACAACCCGUAAAUUGAAGCCGUCAUUACAACCCGUCAGCAGCAACAAUGCAGCAUAUCUUUAAGUCCGAAUUUCCGACCUUUUCCGCCGCGGAGACGGAAUUACAUUCCGCCGCCAAGGCUGCUGGCUUCAGCCUUCUUGUCAUGACGAAGAAGCCCAAUGCUACUGCCCCUCGUAGGGCGGUAUUCCGCUGCUGUAAGAGCCGGAAGUAUGCCUCGCAGUCAGCAGAAGGGGUGCACGUAACCAAGAAGAGGAAGACUCGUACCCAGAUGACCGAAUGUCCCUUCAAAAUUGCACUCAAAUUGAUGCGCGGCAGCGGCGGCGGAGAAGUGUGGGUGGUGGAGGGUGUAAAAGGCGACAAUUGCGCCCAACAUAACCACAUAUUCUCACCGCCACAGACAUUCUCUCACUACCGUAGAAAUACCCUCCUGAAGCUGACCGAUACCAUUAUCACACGCUGGAAUACUGGUACGAGACCGAUGCACAUUCUCUUGGAAUUGCAGAGUGACCCCGACCCUGUCGUCCGAGCUACUACCCGGCACAACUUACGCAACCUCCUCAAUAAAUAUCGUACCGAGUAACUUGCCGGCCGUACGCUGCUUUAAUGGCUGUAUGAGCGACUGCAGUCUGAAGACUUUUUUUUCGAGGAUUUAAGGGAC